UUGAUGGGUGUUGUGAAUGAAUGGGGGAAUUAAUUUCGUUCGAAGUGGCUUGGUGGUGUCAUUUCAGCUUGAAAGUUCAGAAGUUUUAUGGCCUCUGGAGUCUGAACUUGACCGAUGUUCAUCGUCACCGUCCGAACAAAAGCGACGCCGUGAUGCCGUCUGCAAUAACAGCAGCAGAAGUGUUGAUGAUGUAAGGCAGUAUUCCCAUGACGUCAUUCCAGCCCAUAAUCCAACAAGUACAGAAACGGAUGCAAGAGAUUUGCUACAACUAGCGCUCGAUCGGAUAUGCGAGCUUCAGAGGAAACUAAUGCAGCCAAAUUCUUAUGAUGCUGGAACUCCACAUGAAGAUUUAACAGGACCACACUCAAAUGACAGCGAUUUGGAAGACGAUGACACUGAUACUGGCGACGAUGACGAUGAUGAUGAUAAUUACAAUGAAGUGAAUAAUUCCUUCCAUGAUCGCGAAGUGGUGUUGGCUGGUUAUGAAUUCUGCCACAAGGAGGCUCUGAGGUUUCUCGUGGAAGAGGAACAGCUGGGACCGGAACAUCCGGCUGUGCGCGAACUGACUGCGCAUUUGUCUUCGCGAAGGAACACCAUAGAUUGCUCUCAGGUUCUGGCUAAUUAUCUACUGUUGUCUUCCCAUUCUGAAGAUCCCAUAAAUGUCUAGUAUCACCGUGUGAUUCAUUUUAUUGCCGAUAUAAGGUGUAAGGUUUGCCUCCAUUUCAUGACUUCAUGAAUCGAAAAUUUUCCACACUUUUACAUAACCUAAUGUCGGAACCCAAAUUACUGUCUGGAUAUUUCCUUGGAAUACUGAAGAAUUGUUAUUCAUAUACGUGUUUAUUGGCGCUGUCGAAUUGUAUUAAUGUUCCUCUGAAGUAAGAUCCCAUUAAAAAGCAGUAAAUAUAUUUAAACGGUUCUAGAUCAUUUGUGAAUGUAAGAGGCAUGAUUUUGGUAAUACCAUAACAAAUGUCACUGUUACCAGCAUCGUCGGUACUAAGAAACCUUCGGCAUCUACCGCGUCCAUAUAAAUCAGUUUUAUCUUCUUCUUUUCGCUGCUCAUAGAAUAGAUAUCCGGUCAAUUCCAAUUCAUAACUAAUAUUUUUAUACUUAAAUUUGUGGGCUGUGCUCCUUCCUAAUAUUAAAAUUUAUAACUUCUUCUAUUCAGAAAUAUCUGCUGCAUUCUGAAAGCAUUCUCUUGAACUUCUGCAAGACGAUUUCUCGUUAACUAUAUUUUAGAAUCAUAGUUUAUACCUCACAGGAAACGUAUGGCAUUUCGUUUAUAAAAGCAAUCAGUUAAAGGCGAAAUGAAAAGUUAACGCUGUUAAUCUCGGGAACUAAACGAAAGCCAUUAAUAAACGGCCACUUUCACCUUCUAUCUUCUGUUGGCUGCAGAUGACACCGCAAUUACAUCACCUCUCUUUUCCCUUCAGUCACCUUCCUGUGUUUGGGAGCCGACAGAUUAUACUCGUAUUAUUUUCGCCGAAUGUAAUAUCAAUUAGGAGAAUGCAGGAUAUGUAGAUAGACAAUGGCUAAUUUAGCUCAAAGCUAAAUGAGAAAUAUUAUUCUCAGGGUUACCGUGCGGUAGACGUCGAGUAUAUGAAGUGUGAGACGGUAGGACAUUCGUCGAAUAAUAUAUAUACUUGUUGACUGGUGUGUCACGUCCACAAACGUAACCCAUUAUACCAGCAAAUCACAAAAGUAUUAAUAUUUACAGGUUGUUUCACGUAAAUAUUUUUUAGAAGUCUUGGAUUUAGUUUGUUCAUUAACGUAAAUUACUACUAAGCGGUCAAGAGAAGCAGUAAACCAUUGCACUUAAAGUCUGUGUGUCUGUUACACAUCCGUUCACGAAUGAGAGUAAUUACGCUGUGCAAUACUAAUUACUAUUUUGUACUAUUCAUUUACACUGUGCUAUAAAUGGUAAUUAGUAAUGAAGAGACGUUACUAAUGGAAAGGAUACAGUUCUUUAGAAUAAGUUAGUAUAAGAAAAGAAGCUUUAAUAUCGAACUCCUCAUUAACUGGGGAGAAGUCGUUUCGAAAACGGAGUGAAUUACAGGUUAAUAUUGAAACCUAUCCUACAUUUAAAUGAUACUGGAGGAACAUGGGGGCACGCGAUAGAGUAGUUGGUUGAGGCACUAUGCUACAAGCCGGAAGGUUCCGGGUUCAAGUCCCG